UAUCAACGAUGAUUGUUUGUUCAGUUGUUCCGAGCUUGUAGCCCAAAAUAUUCAUAAAAUUUUUUUUUUUCGACCGAUUAUGUCUCCCAUUGCUGUAACUAAAUAUGGAAAGGUCCGAGGAGUGGAAACGACUUCAGCCUUAGAUACGGAGUACAUCAGUUUCUACGGCAUUCCAUAUGGAGCCGCUCCAGUUGGCGAACUGAGGUUCAAAGAUCCAAUACCCCCUGCCGUUUGGACGGAAGUGUAUGAUGCAACCCAACAGAAGCCUAGUUGUUUUGCAAUGGAUUCGCAUUUGAAGAAAGUCGUUGGCACCGAAGAUUGUUUGAAUCUGAACAUUUACACUAAGAACUUGCAACCGGAAAAGCUGUAUCCGGUAAUGUUUUACAUCUUUGGUGGUGGAUUCAAUACCGGAUCGAAUUCAACUGCAUUGUACGGACCCGACUUUCUACUCAUGUCCGACGUUGUUGUCGUUGUGUGUGACUAUCGAUUGGGACCUCUCGGGUUUAUGUCGUUUAAAGAUAAGUCACUGAAUGUGCCCGGCAAUGCAGGUCUUAAGGAUCAACUAUUGGCUUUGAAAUUCGUUAGAGAAAAUAUCCGAAAUUUCGGUGGCGAUCCUGAUAAUGUCACACUGUUUGGUCAUAGCUCUGGUGCCAUGUCCGUUAAUACUCAUUGUAUUUCUGAUCAAUCGAAAGGUCUCUUUAACAGAGCAAUUAUUCUGAGCGGCAGCGUCUUUGUAUCCCACAGUACAAAGUAUCAAUCGAUUAAUUGGCCCUUGCGACUAGCUAAACGUCUAGGCUAUACUGGUAGCGACGAAGACCGAGACAUUUUGAAAUUUCUUCAAUCCGCCGAUCCUGUUCGUAUGGCCGAAGAACAAACGAAAAUAAUUUUGCCGGAAGAAAGUAAACACGUCCUUCUUACAUUUGCUCCACACGUCGAACCGUAUCAAACCGACAACACAUUUGUAUCGGCAAACCCUCUAGAGCUGUCUAGGAAAGCAUGGGGAAACGACAUUGACAUUCUGAUAGGACACACAUCGGAUGAGGGACUUGUUUAUCUAGGCUCGAUCGCUAAAGACCCAACCAUUUUAAGUGACUUGAAUUUGGACUCUGCGAUUCCAAACGAAUUAAAUUUGGUGAACGGAGAGAAACGAGCAGAGUUUGUUCAGAGGAUACGUGAAACGUAUUACGCAACGACUGAGCCAACUAAAGAUGAAAUGGGUUAUUGUCAGUGGAAAAGUGACAUUUUCUUUAAGCAUCCUAUUACGCGACUCAUUCAAUCCCGCCAGAAUUCGAAUGGAAAAGGCAAAACUUUCUUCUUUCGUUUUGCUGUCGACUCGCCGACAAUGAACAGUUUCCGUCUGGCAAGAAAUCGACCAAACGUUCGUGGUGUGCUGCAUGCUGAUGAGCUAAGCUAUUACUUCAAGCACAACUAUGGACCGAUGCCCGAUCGAGAGUCAAUGGAAUUUACUGCAGUGAAACGUUUUGUGUCCUUGAUGACAUCAUUUGCAACGACCGGCAACCCGAACGAUAAUGUUUUGAACGCGGAUCUACAAAAUGUUGCAUGGCAUCCUGUUGAUACGAGAAAUCAUCCGUUUAAGUUAUUGAACAUUGAUGAAAAUUUGGAAUUCAAAGCGCAGCCGGAAGCUGAACGGAUGAUGUUUUGGAAUCAGUUGUACAUUGAAACGGAUACUCCACUCUACUGACGAAAUUCGUCAGCUUUUCUUAACAACUUGAUGAGUUGAAUGUAACUGUACUAACUAUACAAAUCAUAUAAUCAGAUUAAAUAUAUCAAGCAAAUCCCCUA